ACCCGCUUACCUAAGUCUUCGGCAAGCCCCUCUUUGCGUAAUUCAACGCCCAUAGGAGUUCAACAUCGACACGUACCAGCUCUAUAUAAGACGGGCAAUCCGAAUGAGCAGCAAUGCAUUUGAAACUGCAGUGAACCUGAUUCAAGUGAUUAUACCGAGAUAAAGCAAUGAAGAUCGCCCUGGCGUUACUCGUCGGGUGUCUGGCCGUCCUCGGGACGAGAGCAGCACCCCAGUACACGACAAAGUACGACAAUAUCGAUCUCGAGAAAAUUUUGGCCAGCGAAAGGUUGUUGAAAAAUUACGUCAACUGUCUGUUGGACGAAGGGGUCUGCACCGCCGAUGGCAAAGAAUUGAAAGAGGUCCUACCCGAUGCCCUGGCAACCGGAUGCAAAAAAUGCAGCGAGAAACACAAGAACGGCGCUGACCAGGUGAUCCGUUUCUUGAUCAAAAAUAAACCAACGGAAUGGAACCUACUCACCAAAAAGUACGACCCCGAGGGUAAAUGGAGAGAGAGGUACUCCGAUAUGUUGGAGAAAGAUGAGGGAUCCAAGGAGACGCCAAAGGACGCUGAGGAAGCGGUCGCCGAGGUCUCGGAGAAGACCGCCUCGAUGCCAGGCUUAGAAAAUAUGUCGAGGGUGGGCCAGGUGAUCGAAGGAACGCUUGAAAAAUUUUCCAAGCUGUAUUUGAGCGCGUGCCCCACUUUCUAUCGCUUAUGUUUCGAUCCCGUUGGAACUCACAAAAAGUCCAGAGCAGCGCUGGGCUUUUUCUUCGGAUUUAUGCUCGGCGUACUCUUUUACGAAGUCGUCAUCGUAGACCUCGAAUUCUCCGAAUACACCGGGCUCGGACUUGGCGCCGUGAUAAUUGCGAUGUUAGCCAUUGGAUGCGCCUCCUCCAUCCAGGUAAGAUGUAUCUGCGUCCUUGCGAUCCCUGCCUUUUGCGGGAGAGCGGGUCGGAGCGUUCUGAAAGCAAUGGUACUGGCGUACGUAAUCGCCGGUCCGAUAUUCAAUUUGGCGUACAACGGUAAGGAGGUGGUGCGAACUUUUGCUUGCACAACGCAGCUGACAUACAACUUGACGAAGACUCGUUUGGACCUGAUGUUCAAGCCGUUUCAGCAGGCGAUUUUCGGUAUGAAGGCGGACGCCAACGAGAUAAGGGAGACUCUCGCCUCCGUGCGAGAAUUAUCGAGUCCGAUUAUUGAGGAAAUUGAGGGUGAGGAGGAGAUGAACCGUCUCAAAGAAGAGAAUGACUACUUCGAUGCAAAGUUGGGCGACACCAGGCGCAGCGAUGAAAUAGAACAGAGAGAAGAACGCCGGGAAAAAGAGGCGAAAGAGAAACGCGACAAUUCGCAAAAUGAGGCGGAUAUGUACGAAGCUAGAUAUCGCGAGAAAAUCGAAGAACGAUGCGAAGAACAGCUGACCCGGGGGGCGGAACGCUGCAGGGACAUGUUUAGCAGCGCUUAUGACAAGUGUUACGACGGCGUGACCUUCCUUGCUGCGUGGCUUCUCUGCUGGCCGAUGAAACUCACCUUUGUGUGUAACUUGGCACAAGCCAUGGGAGGAUCGAGCACCUGUAAUCCCGACGGAAAAGUCGACGUCGGAAUCGGCGAGGGCUACGUCGCCUUGAAAGGAUCCCGAGAUAAACUUAGCGCGAGUUUGAAGGACGCUAAACUUCAGUACAAGGUGAAAAAAAACCCAAUACUUUUGGACGUUCGCGGGGCGAGCGAUACCGCGAAGGCCGUUAUGCACGAUUUUGACGCGAGACGGAAGCUCUUCGAUUCGGCAAUGACGAUAAUACGAAGAUGCUUGGCGUUCGUAUUUCUCAAGAUAAUACUGAGCGCGCAAAGUUACCACGACAAGUAUCUCAACGACAUCGAAUUCGACAACAUCUACGUAACCACCUACUUCCGGCGCAUCGACGCCCGCCGAAAAUCAAGGGAAUGUCAGACUCUCCUGCCUCUCAGGAAGAUCGAAAGGACCAAACUGAUCGAUCCGUACAAGGCCGGACCCAGCAGGACGGAGAGGGCUAACCUUGUCGGACAGACUGUCAAACUGAUCCUGGAAAUGGUGACAGCGACGACCUUCGUCCUGCUGGACCGUCUUUUCUUCGAGACUCUGGACGUGGUGCGUCGUCACGCUCACAUCGAAUACACUCAGAGUGGGCGUCACGACAUGAGCCUCGAAGUCCGAGGGACGGGAAUAAUCGCGUCCCUUGUCCGGAGCGUGAUCGGAGGUUUCAACGGUAAACGUCGAAUCAAAACGGUGACCUCUAACCAAUCGUGCCUACCACGACCUCGAGAACUCCCGGGCUACAUCCUCGCGAAGAUAUACGGGACUUACUUCGCCGUGUGGGUGAUGCUCCUCCUAGCGGCUUACACUCAACGAUCACGUCACGCAAUUUGCGCCUUCUUUUACCGCACCAGAGAAAAAAGACGCGUCCUGUACCUCUACAACGAAACUCUACGCCGACGCCUGGGAUUCUUCAGGUUUAUGCGAGGUCGUAUACGGGCUCUGGUCAGAGCGCGACUCCUUGAAAGAGACAUGGACCCUUGGCUAGCUCUUCGCGAACGAUCCCCAAGACUUUGCGGAUGGUUGCGUUACUUCGCUUUCGCGAGAGCCGAGUGUCUGAUAUGCGGUGAAACCGAACCCAGGAAAGGUCCAGCUUUCAGACGCUGCACUACACCGGGAUGCCCUUUCGUUCACUGUCAGGAAUGCUGGAGAGAUAAGAAUUCAAGAAUGUUGUUCUUCCUCUGCCUCUUCUCGACCAUCGGGAUCCUCCUCGCCGCAACGCAGGAUGAAAAAUACACCACGAAAUACGAUAACGUCGACAUCGAUUCGAUCAUCCGGAGCGAAAGACUGACCGAUAACUACGUCAAAUGUCUGUUGGACUUAAAACCCUGUCCACCGGAAGCCGCUGAACUGAAAAAAAAUCUGCCGGACGGUCUGGAGCACGAAUGUUCCAGUUGCAGCGAAUCGCAGAAAAUCGCGGUGGACAAAAUCGCCCAUUAUCUGAUAGAGAAUAAACCGGAAGAUUGGACACUCCUGGAAGAAAAGUACGACCCUACCGGUGCCUACCGAUCGCGAUAUCGCGCCCUCAUUGAAUCGGAUCGAACCGAAUCAUCGGUGGUCUAGCAUUAUUCGCCGAUAAUCUGGAAACGAUCUUCGUGUACCACUUCAGGUAUGAAAAGGAACGGCAAAAUCUCUCUAAAUCUAUAAUAUAUAUAAUCAGAACCGGAAGUAGCGAUAGAAACUCGAGUAGAUCGUAUACAAUAUAUAUAUAUAUAUAUAUUUUAUAUAUUGUAUGAUAUCGCGCGGACUACCGUCGUACCGCAUGGGUAUUAUGUGUCGCCUAGUUAUAACACACUGCUCACAACCAUGUCCCAACCAAAGCUGCACCUAUAAGUGCGUAUAAUGUACGAGCUUCACAUACGUAUGUAUAUCUGUAUACAUCAGAUACUGGUUUGUGCAAUCGUUACGUAAAGUUGUGCAGAUGGCACGCGGUGAGGUGAGCAGCACUACCGAUACCAUUAUUGUAAUACGAGUUUAACAAUAAUAAAUUACGUUGCACGACGAUGGGUAAUAUGUUAAAA